GAUACAUGAAGGGGGAAGUUGUGAAUUUCGCUAAAUAUCUUGUAUAUUUUAAAGUUGCUUCAAUAACUAAAUACAAUUUUAGUGUGAAUUGAAGCAGAAUUUAUGAGGCAACAUGGAGCCCAACGAGGAGCACGUGCAGACCCUUUUGACCAUGGGAUUUUCUGACGUCAACGAGAUACGCAAGGCACUACGUUUGGGAAGAAACGAUGUAAACGAAGCAGUUGCUAUUUUAACAAACGAGCAACCAGGUAGCAAUUUUGACACAUUGGACGAUGUCGAAAUGAAAGACGUUCAGAGUAACCCGUCAACGACGCAGGUUGGGAGUCCAGGAUGCGACCCGCCGCCACCUAGUUACGACGAAACUGUAGAGCCAGUGUCAGAAGAAGAUCAAGCACAAAAUGUACAUGAGGCGACUGAAGAUGAUGCCAGUACGGCAGUCUCCAAUGAAUUUCCCACUACCAAUCUUUAUGAGUUGGAAGGCAGAGUGUUCACGGAGCAGUGGUCCAUUCCGUACAAACGUGAGGAGUCCCUUGGCAAGUGUUUGCUGGGAGCCACAAGACUAGCCCAGGAAGGUAUGAGCAAUAAUGUCAUUGCGUUCGAUCCUGAAACUGAAUUUCAUUUUAAAAACCGUGCUAGGCGAUGGGAUCGAGUGCAUUAUGAGGACGUAUUUGGCGCAAACCAAACCUAUGCAGUGAGUCCACCAUUUAAUACUUACAAGGAACCAUAUGGUUGGCUGGUCAAUCUGAUUAAUAGGUUUGCUGAGAAAAGUGGUUUUGAAUCAGCCCGACAGCGAAUGUUAGAAUCUACCGAGGAGUUGGAUGCACCGCUGAUGGCUGCACUGCUCUUUCCAUUUGGUCUGUGUGCAGAGUACUUAAACGCCCAUAAAGUGUCCAAUAUAUUACAGCCAAUGAUGGAGAAAGCUAUUAAAUAUGUACAAGGCCUUGAAGAUAAUGAUCUCAGACAUAAGAAAUCAGGUAGUGUAUCGGAUCUCCUGUCUUCCAUGAAGUUACUAUGUAUGCACUUAUGGACCGAUGACGUUACAGCCAUCGAUGACUUACGAUUAGAAAUUGCACUCAAGAUGCUGAAAUCACCGCACUUCAAUGCCAAAAUGAAUAGCCUCAAAGAGGUCACUAAAUUGAUUGACGACUCAUCUGCAACGAGAGCCGUUAAGAAUGCCAUCCCUUCAGAGAAGAUCUUGGAUUGGUUAGUCGAUAACAAAAUAUUGUCCAUUGCCUUAGAAGGUAACAUUGACCAGUCUCAAUACUGUGAUAAAAUCAAAGGUAUCGUUGAGUUUUUAGGAUCACGGCUAUUGCUUGAUGAACUCACCAAAAUCUGGAGAAUGCAGAAUGGUCAGAACGCCACGGUGAUCGACAAUAUUCAUUCCAUAAUGGCGGCCGCCGCUGUCAAGUUUAGUGGUCAACAAUUGGAACAUUUAUUUAGUCUCAUUCAAAAGGGUGUGUGUGUUGUGCCAGCUCUCCGACAACUCCACCAGAUUAGUCGGAGUAUCGUCAAACAAACCUAUAACAAAGAGAAGGGUAUUUUACAUGAAUUAAACAAGAAUUAUGAGGUUGUGAAACUGGUGACGCAGAGUCUCGUCAAGUGUCAUAAAUUAGCAGUCUGUGCUGCCAAAGAAUCACCAAUAACGGCCGAUACCAUGGUGGACGGUCGGCAUACACAUCAAGAAUUCAUUAUAUCACAUUUAAAAUUCCUAGGUUUUAUAUUACAAGAAGGCAUGUUGUAUUUACCAUGGCACAGAGCAAGAGAGAUAUGGGACUGUUUGGUGUCCAAUCCUGAUGCGUGUGAAUUUGACAGAGAGGUAGUUGAUAAAUUAGAUUUAUAUGGUAUAGAAUUUAUGUGGCAGAUUGCUUUGGAGACGCCCAAUGAGGAAAUCGCACACAUUGCUGUCAAACAUUUACUCCAUAUGUGUUACAGUAACUUAUCACCAAGACUUAAAAAGGACCCCGUCAGCUUGCACAAAAAGUUCAUCACAGAAUGUUACAAACGAUUGGAAGAAGCUAUGAUCACGUUGGGUGGGUCGGCACUGGCCAUCGCCAUCAGUAGAGCCACAAAAACACUGACGGCCGCAACUAUACCGGAAGUAGCAGCGUUACCUAGUCCAUCAAGAUCUGCCAAGCUGUUGAUAAUUGAGCGGCUAUUGCUGCUAGCUGAGAAGUAUGUCACCACGGUCGAAGACUACCACUCUGGGUCUCGUACUAUUCUACCACACGGUGCUUCUUUUCAAGGACAGCCAUUAGUUAUUCACCUUAACUGUGAGACCCCUAAAGGUGAUUUCACUAUCAUGGGUCACUCUAAUGAAACAUUACAGAGUGUCCGUCUCAAGAUAGCUGAUCAUUUGAAGACAACGCCGGAAAAUGUCCAAAUUGCAAUUAAUGAUAAAAUUUUUUUACCAUCCAAGGAUCAGAAACUUUUACACCAAUUGGAAUUUGACGAUGAGCAAAUUUUGAUCGUGAAGUCAGCAGGCGCUGUAACCCAAGCAAAUCAAGCUAGAGUUGAGGAGAUUCAAGAAGUUAUGAGGAUAGAAGAAGCUGGCAAUUUGGAACAAAGCAGGAGACAGGCUUAUGUGCUGGAGCAGGAAAAGAUGCUCCCGGGUGUUGUCAUGGCAAUGGGUGGCCACGUUUUUGAAAUGCUGUAUCAACUAGCAGAACUAGAUGAACCAAAAAUUAGAAGUCGCGUACGCAGUUUGUUAAUGCUGAUACCAACUGACCCAGCAGUUCACGAAGCAUUAGAAUCUAUUGGUAGGCAUAUUGAUGACAAUUUGUCAACCUCAGAUGAUAGCAACUCAAGUUCAAAAGAUACGUCGCCGAAAGCUGUCUUAGAAAACCUCUUCAAUCCUAGUGCACCUGGAAUGUCUGCAUUCCGAGUUCUCUAUAAUCUUGAGGUAUUGAGUGGCAAACUGAUGCCCACAGUGCAAGACAUGACAUCUACGACAUCAAAACUGUUUUGUGAUAAUUUUCUCAAUGCCUCGGGACUCAGCUUUGUUGUUAAUGUGCUGCAAAAAGACUCUGUGCCAAGUGACGUUGAUUACGUAACCCGACAGGGCUGCUACUCUGUAUGUCUGCAACUUGCGAGGUUUCUGUUAUGCGGCCAAAGUUUAAUGGGACACACGCCGAGUGAUGUCUCCUUGUUAGAUGAUGAGAUGGAGAAUGGCGCCAACAUCAGUGCAUCAUCUUCCAAAACUUACUCCGCUUCACCAGCAAAGCAAACACAGUCAACAGAGAAGAACAACAAGGAAACAGACGAGAUCCCAUCAGCUGUUAAGUUGUCCAUACAGACUAUGUCAGUGACGGACUUCACUGCUACCCUAUCAUGCUUUAUGAGACUGACCUGGGCUGCGGCUGCUGGGCGUAUACACUUAGCAAGUUCUUCACAACAUAUCGGUCUGACAAAAGAUGGAUCACUCUACGGCUCCGCUUCUUUUCAUAUAGGCCAGGUGGAGAGACGGAGAAGUCGACACAGCAGUACAGGUAGCACAGGGAGUGGAUGCAGCGAUCAUAGUGACAUCCACGCGUUAUUCCCCGGUGUGUGUGCAAUACAACAUGUGGUGUCAACUAAAGACUCCAGGAUAGCCAGAGAAGCUCUUGAAUUAUUGGUCAGAUGUCUCCAGUUACGCACUGAUCUCCUUGGUUCCUUUUAUGCAUUACCGUUCAUUAAUGACUUCAUUAUUGAUAUACUUCUUGGUUCGGCAAGUACCGAAGUAAGAAAUGCCGCCCUUGAACAGUUUGAUACGCUAGGUGCGCAUACCAUGGUACGAGAUAAGCCAGAACUUCAAAAUCCUCGCUAUUUUCUGCUGCAAGUCCUACUCAAAGCACAUGUGCCCUUGUGGACGACGUCAACCUCUGUCAGAGGAACUAGUCAAAGGUUGCUCGGUCAGUGUAGUCAGUAUUUUGAGUUGAGAUGUCGAUUACUGGAAGGGCUUUCAAAAUCUGAACAGACAUCUUUGCAAAUUAACGCUAUCAGUAUGUUGGAAGAUGAAAUUGCAUGGUUUGAUAACUUUGAAUCAUCUGACCAAGCCGAUCUUCUGGACAUUGAUGAGAUACUACUCACCGGUCAUCUGCGGCUCAUGACGAUAUUAUUCACCUGUGAAGGCGUGGACAAAAGGAAAUAUGGUAAAUCCCUGGUCAGCAAGCUAUUGAAUGAGUUUUUAUUCCCAGCCUCCAAACUGAUUCUAGCUGGAUCCGGAAAUGACAGGCCGAUACCUGAUGCUGCAGAGUUUGUUCCAAAAUGUUCUCAUGUGGAGUCUAGAAUUGCAGCAUUUGAAAUGUUAGUAGUUUUAGCUGAUGGGUGUCUGGAUAAUUUACAAGAGAUAUCAAGACAAUUACUAUCAAUGCAUCACAAGGCAGACCCAUCAACUGCUAAGGAAUGGGAGUAUUUACCGCCUGUGGCCGGCCGACCGACGGAAGGUUUUGUAGGUCUGCGUAACGCAGGUGCAACCUGCUACAUGAACUCUGUGAUUCAACAACUAUACAUGACCCCCGAGUUAGCAGAGAAAGUACUAAGCAUAGAAGUUAACGAGCAAGAAGAAGAGAAUAUAUUCUAUGAGAUGCAGAGGGUGUUUGGUCAUCUGAUGGAAAGUAAACUGCAAUACCAUGUUCCGGAGAAGUUCUGGAAUUGUUUCAAACUUUGGGGUCAACCAGUGAAUGUGAGGGAGCAACAAGAUGCGUUUGAGUUCUUCACCGAUCUUACGGAUCAAUUAGACGAGUAUUUAAAAAAGAUGAAACAUAAAGAGAUUUUCAAACCAAAGUUUCAGGGAAUCUUUUCAGAUCAGAAGAUAUGUAAAGACUGCCCUCACAGGUAUGAACGAGAGGAACCUUUUUUUGCACUAAACUUAACCGUCAAGAGUCAUAACCUAGAGAGUUCACUCGAACAGUUUGUACGAGGAGAGAUGUUAGAAGGAGAUAAUGCUUAUUAUUGUGAAAAAUGUGGUGAAAAGGUAAGUACAUUGUAACAGACUUUAAUACAAGAAAGAUAUUUUUGUACUGCUGUUCAUGUAUGUCAGAUUGGCUAUGAUUGGGAGGCAAAUAGAGCACUUAAGUUUGACGACUAUUUUCAGUUUCCAUGGGUACUUGACAUGGAGCCUUACACAGUGGAAGGAGUUGCCAGGAGAGAGGUCGAAAAUGAUAAUAACAAUGAAACGGAAGAAAAAAGUAUAAAAGCUUUCAAGGCAGCGUCGUAUGAUGACUUGUAUCAGUUGGUUGGUAUUGUCGUUCACAGCGGACAGGCUAAUGCUGGACAUUAUUAUUCAUUCAUCAGAGAUAGAAGGGGCACGUCCAUGACAAAUGCGACAAAAGGAAAAUGGUUCAAGUUCAAUGACACCAUAGUAGAGGAAUUUGACAUGAAUGAUGGCUCGGUGGAAGCGGAGUGUUUUGGUGGAACAUACAGAGCUAAGGUCUAUGAUCAAUCGAACUCCUACCCUGAGACAAGACAGCGAUAUUGGAAUGGGUAUAUGCUGUAUUACGAGAAAACUGAGGGAAUCAGGACACCUGAAACAUCCAUGCGACGUCCCCCACCAAAACAAAGGGCUGCAUUACUUAAACAAGACAGUGAGGGCGAUAUACGUGUAGUGUCUGAGCUCAGUUCACCUGAAUGUUCACCGCGACAUGACUCUGAUGGUCUUUCACUGCUGACCGAGUUGGUACGUAAAGGCGAUAAGAAAGGUCUCUUCACCGACAAGAUGCCUGCUAGUGUCCAGCAGGAAGUCCGCACCGAAAACCUCAGAUACAUCAAGAACAAAGGAGUCCAUAAUGUGGAAUAUUUCAAGUUCGUUAGGCAGCUUGUUUGGUGUAAUUUGAAAAAUACAGAUUCCAGUGAUUUUGAUGAGUUGGCUCUGGGUGGUCUCAAAUUAGCGGUACAAUUCUUGUUUAACACAUACUUUAGAACCAAGAAGAAGCUUAGGCAAGAUAUCCAAGAAUGGUGCAGCACUAUACAUACUAUUGUAUCACAGAGUAAGAAAUCAUGUUUCUGGUUUAUAGAAUACCUGUCCAGUCCAGAAGGCAAUGCAUACAUAAAGCCAUUUUUAUUGGAAUCCCCCACACGUGAAGUUCGGAUGUCCUUCUGUCGAAUUCUGGAAGACACUUUGAGGUGCUUUUUCAAUCAUGGUGGUAACUCCGCAGUGAAGUCAUUUGAUGAUCUCAUGGAGUUUCUUCUCUUGAUGCUUGACAAGGAUGUCCCAGAUAAUUGCAAAACAUGUACCCAGUAUUUCCUGCUGAUCAAUGUAUACGCCAACAUGGGAAUGAAGGCAUGUAAACAUCUGUUUGUCCGAAAUGCUUUCCGGCGUCUUUUAAUGUUUUUACUUGGUCCUCCUUCAAGUAUGAGAAGGGAAGUGGCACAUGAUGAUUUAACAAGACGAAGAUGGACAUCAUCACAAACUAAAGAUUUUGGCCCAUUGCAUUCUACUUUGGCAGUGUUAGUCUUACACUGUGAUAUCUCGUCACAGAGAAUUAAAGAUGCAGGUGAAUUCUCUCCUAGAAUAUCUAAACAAUCACAGCCACUAUUACCAUUACCUGAGCAAGUGAAAGUACUUUUAUUCCAACAGGAUACUUACCGGUACAUCAGAGAGGCGGUGCUAGCGUGUCGGGAAGUUAAUAAUCCAGUGACAGUGAUUGAAGACGUCUUGCUUUAUUGCUGUUUCUGUAAUGAGAGUUUCUCCGUUGGUGUUCUCAUGAUGAUUAAGAAUCAAAUCACAGCAGUUCCGGCCAAUGAACUCAAGAGUGUGUUCAGUUUAUUAAUGGAGUUGUUAUUACUAGAGGACCCUUUGCAGCUUAAUCGGUUGAAAUGGGCGAUAGAUGGCACAGAAAAUGACGGACUUCUAGCUAUAAUCAGGUCUGGAAAUGUCAACGAUAGUAGAAGAGCAUACCAGUGUCUUAAAUUUCUUGUAACACUCGCUAAUAAAUGCACUGUCGCUAAGGAAUACCUGAUGGAAUCGUCAACACGAUGGCAGUGGGCUGUUAACUGGCUCAAAAAAAAGAUGACUGACUAUUACUGGAGUCCUCAUUCGACAGUUUCCAAUGACUCGUCAUCAAGUAAAACUUUCCAGAGAACUGAGAGCGCUAGAGACACAUUAGCUGAGGCUACAGCCUUGCUGUCUGAGCUGGAAUCGCAGGAAAAUGCAGGCCAGGAAACAACAAUGGACGAUAACGGAACAGAAGAAACGCAGAUUGAUUAUGACACUGAGGGACAAAAUGACACGAACAAUGAAAACAUGGGUGAUUUGGAGGAAAUCGACACAUGAUUUUCAAUUAUUGUAGAAUUACUGGUGCUGAUAGAUAAUCGAAAAACAUUUUAUUUGCAUACUAUGUGCUGAUUGGUGGCUAGAAAUGUUUCUGUCUGCAUACUAGGUGCUGAUUGGUGGCUAGAAAUGUUUCUGUCUGCAUACUAUGUGCUGAUUGGUGGAUAGAAAUGUUUCUGUCUGCAUACUAGGUGCUGAUUGGUGGCUAGAAAUGUUUCUGUCUGCAUACUAUGUGCUGAUUGGUGGCUAGAAAUGUUUCUGUCUGCAUACUAGGUGCUGAUUGGUGGCUAGAAAUGUUUCUGUCUGCAUGUGAUUUGCAUACUACUGCAUAAUACUGAUUGGUGGCCACAAAUGUGAGAUUUGCAUACUGGGUGCUGAUAGAUGGACAUAAUUCACAGUAAAUAAUUUGCUUAAAAAACAGAUUUGCUGUUUGUAUACGCUUACUGGGUACUCAAAUGGUGUUGCUAAAGACAAAGCCUCUUAAUCACAUUUGCUUUUUGUGAAUUGAAUUUUGCAGUGAUUUUCAUUCUACAAAUAUUCCACAAAUGCUAAAUGUAUCGUCAAGCAGGCAUUCUGAUUGGCAUGUGAUAAUUUUUUUUUUUUUAAUUUUAUUUAAAUAUGAUUCUAAUUGAAUUAAUAUUUCUUGGAAACUGAGUGUGCUAUAAUGUGCUAACAUUUUAUGUUUUGCUCGCCAAAAGAAAUUGUGAUCUAUUGGCAAACUGUAAUAAUAAUAAUUGUAAAUACUUGAAAUGAAAUGGGAGAUUAGAUGAGAUAUCUGCUACCAGGGUGUGGGGGUGAUUCUAAUGGAGGGUUAGGCUUAAAAGUGUGUUUUGUUUUUCCCCAUUUAAACAGCAUUUACUCUUUAUCACAGAUGUAUUUUUUAUUUACUAUGAAUUUUAAAUUUGUUUCAGGUUUGUUUUUUUCACAUUGUUGUUGAACAAAAUUGGAUUCUUUAUCAGCUUUUUUCAUGAUUUUUGUUUGUUUUUUCAGCACCAGAACAAUUUAAACCAUACCUGCAUCUGUAAUUAAUUGUUUAUUACGCUGCAUUUUAUUGAACUGUUGUUCACCAACCACAAAAGGUGCAGCAUAUAUGCUACAGCCUAUUUGAUUGGUUGAGUUCAGCCAAUCAGAGGUUAUAUGGCAUUGUAUCAAUGGCCUGCCCUCAUUUCGAAAUUCCCAUAUUUUGGUUGGCUGUGGAAUGUGCGCAACUGAGGAAGGUCGCUUGUUAGAAUAAAAUACUGAUGAGAAAAUGUUUUUUAAGUCGGUUACAUGCUGUAGAUUUUUAUACACCAUUGAACAGUUUUGUAGAAAACAUGGGAAAAAUAUUGUAAAUCAGAGUUCGUUCAGGGAGGGUGGGAUGUAAGGAUCUAGGAUUUAAAGUAUUGAACUAUUUGUUAAAAGAAUAUUUUUUUUGUAUAAUGAACUGUGAUUAUAUUAUUUGGGGAGGACUGAAUUUGACUUGAUGAUUUUACAAAGUAGUUGUGUGGCUACUGUCUUAACUAGCCUACACACCUCACAAAAUGCAUAGCACAUGGAAACCUUGAGAUAUACGAACGAGGAGAAAAAGAAAUCUUACAUUUUAUAAAUUCUCUU